CCGGGACCCGCGGGGGUCUGAGGGGGACGCCAGGUGGCGCGGGGGCCGCGCGGGCCCGGGCUGGGCGGAGCGGGCGUACCCCCACGGCCCGGCCGGUGGAAGGCGCGGGCAGCAGCGGCUCCGAGUGGCCGCGGCGGUGGGCUGUGCCGGAGUCUCCUCCCUUUGGCCCGCUGCAGGCCCGCAGCCCGAGUGUCGGCGCCAUGGCUUCGUCGCAGCUCUUCCGCGCGCUGGUGUCAGCGCAAUGGGUGGCCGAGGCGCUGCGGGUCCCGCGCGCUGGGCAGCCCCUGCAGCUGCUGGACGCCUCCUGGUACCUGCCGAAGCUGGGGCGCGACGCGCGACGCGAGUUCGAGGAGCGCCACAUCCCGGGCGCCGCCUUCUUCGACAUCGACCAGUGCAGCGACCGCACCUCGCCCUACGACCACAUGCUGCCCGGCGCCGAGCAUUUCGCGGAGUACGCAGGCCGCCUGGGCGUGGGCGCGGCCACCCACGUCGUGAUCUACGAUGCCAGCGAGCAGGGCCUCUACUCCGCCCCGCGCGUCUGGUGGAUGUUCCGCGCCUUCGGCCACCGUGCCGUGUCACUGCUUGAUGGCGGCCUCCGCCACUGGCUGCGCCAGAACCUCCCGCUCAGCUCCGGUAAGAGCCAACCUGCUCCCGCCGAGUUCCGCGCUCAGCUCGACCUCGCCUUCAUCAAGACCUACGAGGACAUCAAGGAGAACCUGGAAUCCCGGCGCUUCCAGGUGGUGGACUCCCGAGCCGCCGGAAGGUUCCGCGGCACCGAGCCUGAGCCCCGAGACGGCAUUGAACCUGGCCACAUCCCGGGUACCGUGAACAUCCCCUUCACAGACUUCCUGACCCAGGAGGGGCUGGAGAAGAGCCCUGAGGAGAUCCGCCAUCUGUUCCAGGAGAAGAAAGUGGACCUGUCUAAGCCACUGGUGGCCACGUGUGGCUCUGGCGUCACGGCCUGCCACGUGGCACUAGGGGCCUACCUCUGCGGCAAGCCCGAUGUGCCCAUCUACGAUGGCUCCUGGGUGGAGUGGUACAUGCGUGCCCGGCCCGAGGAUGUCAUCUCAGAGGGCCGGGGGAAGACCCACUGACGCUAGGCAGGACACAGGCAAGCUCAGGUGAUGCCGGCUACCAGCAAUGCCUGGCCUGGCAGCUCCGUCUCUGCUUUCACCAAGAGAGUGUUUCUUCACUCAGCUCAGGUGGCUUUUGGAGUGACAUCUCAAGGCCAGGAAUUCCGUUGACUUGUUGGCUGCCAGUGGGGGUGGGAGGAAAGGCGGAGGCGAGCCCUGGAGGAGGGAGGCCACAACUCCGAGCUGCCCGCCUGGUGCUGAGCUGGGGCCCCGCCUCCUUUCUGUUUUAUUUUUGAGGAAAUAAAACAACCAAGUGCUAAA